AUGGCAACAUACAACACCGAAGUUAAUCCAGGAGAUUGUGUUGUGGUGGAGCAAAAUGGGUGUUCCUUCCCCAUCUCUGACACACCGACCACCGCUGCAACAGUCACUCUUACAGAUUCCAGCUCUGAAUUUGUCUUUGAGGAGACUUACCAGAACUGUCACCUGCGGAUCCACUACGACGAGCGGCCCUUCAAGUGCCAGAUCUGCCCCUACGCCAGCCGCAACUCCAGCCAGCUCACCGUGCAUCUCCGCUCUCACACGGGAGAUGCGCCGUUCCAGUGCCAACAAUGCGACGCGAAGUUCAAAAUCAACUCGGACCUGAAGAGGCACGUCCGGAUCCACUCGGGGGAAAAGCCUUACAAGUGCGACUUUUGCGAGUACCGCUGCGCCAUGAAAGGCAACCUGAAGUCUCACGUCCACAUCAAACACGGCACGGAGAACUCCUUCGAGUGCGCGCAGUGCGAUUUCAAGUGCGCCAGCAAGGCGGUUCUGAGGCAGCACUCGCGGCAGCACCAGCCCUCUCAGCCCGUUCAGUGCUCAAAGUGCACUUACUCCUGCGCCAGCAAAGGGGCGCUCAAAGUCCAUGAGCGCAUCCACUCGGAAGAGCGCCCCUUCAAAUGCGACUUCUGCGGUUUCACGUCCAAGCAGCUCAGCAAUCUCAUCAUCCACAAAAAGAAGAGUCACUCGGACAAGCCGGUCAAAGACAGCGGCAGAAAGGGGGGGAAAAACACCGGUGGGGACUCCCCUAAACCCGCCGGGUCCCGAUACAGGGCCAAGCUGGACGCGGCCCGGGCCUUCUGCUGCGAUGUCUGCGACGCCUCGUUCGUGCGGGAGGACUCCCUGCGCAGCCACAAGAAGCAGCACAGGGACGCUCAGAGCCUGCUGCAGCUCUCCACCGCGCCGGAAUCCCUCAGCCUGGUUCCUGUUACGGUAUCGCAGAGCGACCCUCAGUUGGAGGUACCCAUCUCUGAGCCUCCUUACGGCAACACGCAGCUCAAAAUCAUCGUUCCGCACGCGCUCUCCCAUCAGAACUCCAACGGUCAGAGUAAGAGCAAAAUGCUGCUGCUCAGCCCGGAGAGCCAGGACAUGGUCGUCAACUCCAUGAUCCAGCAGGUGAACCUGCUAGCCCCCGUGCAACCACUCGGGUCGUCUCAGGCCAACCUGGAGUCCCAAACCGUGCUCCUGACGCAGCUGGGCCCGGAAGACACCAACAACCCCCUCCACCAGGCCCUGUUGCAGACCGCCAUCAGCGGUCAGGAGUCCAGCGGCGGCACGCAGACGCUGAUCACUGCCUGCUCCGAGCUGGAGGGCUUCAACACCCUGCUCCAGGCGGGCGGCGGCGAAGUGACGGUGGUCACCGUGGGCAACUCCGCCCUGGCAGACGCGCCCAAGCCCAAAGCGGAGGAAAGCACUUUACCGUGUCAGGAAAGCACACUGCUGGUGCCCAACAUCGGCCUGGCCAGCCAGAACGUGGUCAUCCACAGCGUGCCGCUGAUAGUGUCCACUCAGCCGCUGCACACCGAGGACAAGAAGACAUGGCCUCAGAUGGAGCUGUGA